CCCAGACGAGGAGUUUCGUACAAUUUGAAGAGCUCAUCUGUAACGUAUCUCUGCCAGCAUAUGAAAUAUGUAGCGAGUAGUCGACACAACCAGGAUAAUUUAAGGCAACAAAAUGGAUUGGCACUAUAAAGCACUAUAUAUCUGGUUUACAAUGUCCAAUUGUAUAGUGUCCAGUACAUUAGGCGUGUUUAUGACCAAUUUUCGAGGAGCCGGCAGUUAAUUCACAGUGUCGAAUAGCAUUUUGGAUGGCGUGUUGGGAAAGUAAGGAUUGGAUGGAAAAUCAUGGUAGCUUUCCCGCGUCCGAAUAGCUAGUCUUAUGGAGCAACACAGGUAGAGCCAGACUGCCGAUCACGUGACCGACCUGCGCACUCACGUGACUGCUGUGCGCACCAACGUGAGGGGCAAACCUUCGGCUUUCAGACACUGAUCCGGUGACGCCGUGACGAUCAUUGUGCGGCCCUUCUGCACACGGAAACAGUCGCGUGACACCUGCAUAUUGACGAUUGUUGGCAGAAACAGGAUCAAACUUUGAGUUGCUCCUUUCGAGGGCCUUAACUUUGGGAUCCCUGCUUUGAAUUAAAUGGAGAUGAAAGAACCCGCGGAGGACGGGAAUAAGACAAAAAUACGAGCAGGGAGUGACGGGACUCCGAGACCGCGCAACAUUCUGACAUCGAGAUCCUCGCGGGCUUCCAGGAGUUCACGGGGGGAUGGAUUCCGGGGGUCGGUUUGGAGCGCCGCGUCGUCGAUGCUACACCGCCUUCGGACCCGGCAAUGCAAGGUCCUAGUCCUCUGCCUCGUACUGCUUCUCAUUCUGGUGCUGGCUGUCACUUUUAUCGGAGUUUCCCUUACUGGGAAUGAUGUGGCACAACCAGGGAACAAUGAGUUCAUUCCUGCAACAGUCAAAACUGAAUACGAAGAGUUGAUUGGGUUUUCGUCAGAGUACACUUGUCCCAAAGGGGAGUUCCGGUGUGGCAACCUGACUCACUGCGUCGCCCAGAAAUACCAAUGCAACGGUGAGGACGACUGCGGCAACAACGCGGACGAGACCGAGUGCGAACAUAACGAGGGCUGGAUUAAAACCUUCGACGAACAGAACCCCGUCCCAGUGGACCUAGAUUGGCAGAUCAACCAGGAGUGUGGUCUGUACGGGUUCCCUGACGUCUGCGUGUGUUUCGAGGAGACCGAAUUGAAGUGCAUCCAGGUCAAUUUGACCCAGGUACCGCAGAGCGUCUCGGCAAACCUGACGCGCUUAAACUUGAACGGUAACAUGGUGCACUUGGAAGACGGUGCCUUCGAAAGAUACACCAAGCUGGGAUCGCUGAAUCUAAUGCAGAACGGGAUCCGGGAGUUGCCGCGGGACGUCUUUCGAGGUCUGACGGAUCUCGACAAACUGUACCUGUCUACGAACAGAAUUUCUACAAUAACUCCUGGGACAUUCCGCUUUCUGCAGAACCUCACGUGGCUGUUCCUGAAUGAGAAUGAAAUCGAGACUUUGGACGAGGAUGUCUUCGAAGGGCUGCACAAAGUAUACUGGCUAAUGUUGCAGAAGAACAAAAUUGGAGAUCUUAACCACGGUGUCGCCUUCAGAGACCUUCCCAAAUUGAUGUGGCUGGAUAUGUCUAAUAAUCCCUUGCAUCACCUGUCGGCGGAUAACUUCUCAGCGUCCGGUAAUCCGCCCCUCAGCAUCCUCAUGCUGAGUAACUGCAACAUCAGCACCAUACAGAAAGACACAUUCCAGGCUUUCAGAGAGCUGACAGCACUUCACGUCUCCGGAAACAAAAUCGGGCAUUUUCCGUCCGGGCUGUUUCGCAACAUGGCCAACCUUACAGUCUUGACGAUUGCGAAUAAUCCGGCGACGUCCCUGCCCGAGGACCUGUUCGAUGACCUUGUUCUCCUGGAUGAUUUAAACUUAGGAGGCCUCGUCAUCAAUAACAUCAGCGCAAGGAUGUUCAAAGGGAUGACUAAUCUGCAACACAUCGAGUUCUUCAAGUUCGAGUACUGCCGCUACGCAGCCCACGUGCGCACCUGCAAGCCGCGAUCCGACGGCAUCUCCUCCUUCGAAAACUUACUCAAGGACGGCAUCCUGCGAGUGUCCGUCUGGACCAUCGCCCUCUUGUGUUUCCUGGGCAACAUUGGGGUCCUGAUCAGCCGCUACCUGAUGAAGGCCGAGAACCGCAUCCACUCGCUGGUAGUCGUCAACCUGUGCACCGCGGAUUUCUGCAUGUCCAUCUACCUGUUCGUCAUCGGCUACCACGACGCCAAGUUCCGCAACCAGUUCAACACCCACGCCCUGGAGUGGAUGCAGGGCUCCGCCUGCAAGUUCGCCGGCUUCAUGGCCAUGUUUUCCAGCGAGGUGUCGGUCUUCAUGCUCACCUUCAUUUCCCUGGAGCGCUUCAUCUGCAUCGUCUAUCCAUAUCGGCUGCACAGGCUGACGUCCAAAGAAGCCCUUGUGAUCAUGACAAUCAUCUGGUUCUUGGGAGCCCUGGUAGCGUGGAUUCCCCUGAUCAGCGUGGGUUACUUCGUCGAUUUCUACGGCAGCAACGGCGUGUGCUUCCCGCUGCACAUCCACGACCCGUGGCUGCAAGGCUGGGAGUACUCGGCUUUCAUCUUUCUGGGACUGAACGCGACCUGCUUCACCGCAAUCGCCAUCUCCUACACAGGCAUGUUCAUUAGCAUACAACAGACGCGAAAGGCAGCCACUCACCUCGGCAGACGCGGGGACAUGAAUUACGCCAAGCGGUUCCUCUUCGUUGUCAUGACAGACGCCCUCUGUUGGCUGCCCAUCGCCAUCCUCAAAAUACUCUCACUAUGCAGCUACGAAAUUCCAGCGACCUUGUACGGCUGGAUCGUCAUCUUUGUUCUGCCCAUCAACAGCGCCCUCAACCCCAUCCUGUACACCCUCAGCACCACGUCCUUCACGCAGUGGUUCCAAAAGCACCUGAAGCGACGCAAGGGCAAGUCCAGCAAUGGCAGCCUGGGCUCCAAGAACGAAUUCUCCACCACGAGAGGAAGGAUCGGUUCGACCACAGACCAACCCACCGAGUACUCCUCGAUCCCCAAGCGGUCCUACGACAGCAAUAAUUCCUCGCCCGUGCUAGAGGAGGAACAGUGCAGUACGGUCUGAACCUGUCCCUCUGCGCUGGGUUUUGUUUGGUUCCUAUACGAGAGGAAUUGUGACACUCGAUGUGGACCAAGGCAGCCUUCACAAAGACUGGCGUCGGGCGCACCAUGCACAGGCGAGUCCAUCCCGUCGACGUGGGGUACAAAUUGAGGGUAGUUUUUGUAACUAAUGCGCCUUGUCUAUCUUUAAUUCUCCUCCUAACUACCCUCAGCAGCUCCUUCGGUGGUAUGUUUUGCUCCCUACACUGUCUAGUGAAUAGUGAUCGAGUUUGUAUAGACGUGCUAAAUUGGACCGCUCCGAGUCUGUCCUUAUUAUCUAAAUCGUUUUUCCCAUUUGGGUACGUUUUUUUGCCAAUUUUGGAAGGCUCCACGUUAGUCCAACACUUGCCUUUUACCUCGCAGUAGUUAUGCAUGCGUUCCACACCAUCCACAUAAUACCUGUUGGCCUCAAUUAUUUGCUAUGGGCUUAAAACAAAAUCGUUACGCCACUUAUACGGAUAGCCACUAGUCCGGAAGUGUACAUUGAAGGUGUAUGCUGCGUUGCAUUGUGGGACAGUUUUCUCGGCACAAAUCCCCAUUUCGUUAGCGCGGAAUGUCCCCACAAUGCAUUGCAAACGUAUACCUUCAGUGCACACUUCCGAUCUAUUCCAAAAUUGUUUUUAAGAUGUUGAUGGAGUCAAUGUUAACUUCACAACCAUUUACGAAAAACAGUACAGCCCUUCGAAGUGAAAUUUGAACUCCAUUUGAAAUCCAGUGUUUUACACGGAAAGAGAACGUUCAGUACAAGGUAAAGAGCAGUUUUGGUCCAUAGACCUCUGUAGUCCUCUUUCGUUAACCCUCAACAGUCUUGAAUCCUACAAUUUUGCUGUGAUUUUUUUGCACACCCUAGGGAGAAGUUUGCCACCCAGAGGUGACUUUAGCGAGGCCAUUGUUUUGCGAAGGAGUCGAUUUACAAUAGGCGCUAUCAACAGUAUUUAUCCAUGCAUACAAACCGUUUGGUUUCUUCUUGUCUAGCCUUUAUAAUCCCUUGGCACAUGCUUAGUCCGUUUGGCUGAAUCGCGAAGUUGCCCGUCGUUUAUUCCUCGUGACACGGAGGCUGCCAUAUUGCUUAAUGAAUAUUCACAUGUUCGGUAGUCCAACUGCGCAUGUUCACUUCCAAGGUUCGUCAAAUUCACCUCUGGAUAAAUGUACACAGGCCCAUGGGGUAAUCAAUGUGCAAUUUUUCUUUGACGGUGAUAAAAAAAAAAAAGGAAUGCGGUGCAGCCCGAAUUUCCGGAAUUUGCACUUAGCUCAGAUUUUCAUUUCGAAUUUCUUUGGUAUCCAUAAUUUUUUUGGCUUUAAAAUUACUGAUGAUGUCGGGUUGCAUAACCAGACUCAAAACUCAAAUCUGGAGGUACACAAGCGCGGUUGGAAUACCGAUUAGGUUGCAAGGUAAAAAGAUUUAUGCACUAAAAUAAACAUUGUACUAUUAUUGUAGCAUGCAGUAAAUUGAUAGAUUUUUAAAAAGCUGGACAAUAUGAAGGAAACUUACAACUUGAAAAAAUGGGUUGCAAGGAUUCAAAUCACUGCGCACGAAACGACACAAUUUUGAAUGUAAAUAUGUACGGGUGUCCAUGCCACAGGUUGCCGAUUUGUUGAUGUGCGUGGUUACUCUUCAAUUUUAUACUUUCAUUAAUUUAUGGCAAUAUUUAUGUUACGAUUUUGUCUGAUAAAAGGCUGAAAGGGAGAUCUGAUGGGGCUCGUCAUAUUGUAAAUACGUAAGAAAUAUAUUUAACAACGCUAUGAUUUAUUCAGUGCUUUUAUCACAUUAACUAGCCUAAAAUGGUGAGAUAAAACCUGUGUUUCGAUUCGAUAAUUGCGCGGCACGCGUACGGAUUUAUAGUCGCGAUUUGAAUUAGUCUUUUAUCGUUUUCAGUAUGUAAGAUCUGUACUUCGAGAUAAAGAUUAAAGUUGUUUGAAUUUAUUUUUUGAAAAUGUAUAACAGUUUGAUACCAAAUGCACUCCGUUUUCCUGUAUACGACAAGCCAGUCAUUCAUUGUACAUACAAGUUAAUGUACAUUUUAAUGUAUCAGUAAAGUUAUAAAUAUUGACACUAUAGUACUAUUCUGCACCUGAUUAUGUGUAUUGUAUUCUUUUUCUAAUAAAAGUAAAUUUAAAUUCUACA